GAUGUGGCCCAAACCUUCCCACAUGAUCGGACAGUUGCACUGGAGAUUCCAGAUCUAACAUUAUAUCGCCAUCCUCUCGUCUGAAUCCGUUGAAAAGCGCAAUGACAACGCAGUUCAAGAGCGGACCCGCUUUCGGACUGUCUGCGGAGGUCAAGAGUAAGCUGGCCCACAAAUAUGACCCAAAUAAGGAGGAGGAGCUAAGAUUGUGGAUCAGCGAAGUCACGGGCCGUAAACUUCCCGAGAACUUCAUGGAGGGGCUGAAAGACGGAGUAAUACUCUGCGGGCUUAUCAACACUCUUCAGCCCGGUUCUGUUAAAAAGAUCAACAACUCUCCUCAAAACUGGCAUCAGCUGGAAAAUAUUGGUAAUUUCGUCCGAGCCAUUCAAGAGUAUGGACUGAGGCCACAUGAUAUAUUUGAGGCCAACGACCUGUUUGAGAACGUCAACCACACUCAGGUCCAGUGCACGCUUAUUACACUGGCUGGGAUGGCGAAGUCUAAAGGCUUCCAUUCUAAAUACGACAUUGGAGUGAAAUACGCAGAGAAACAACAGCGCAAAUUUGCUCCUGAGAAACUAAAGGAAGGACGCAACAUUAUUGGUCUGCAGAUGGGCACCAAUAAGUUUGCCAGUCAAAAGGGCAUGACGUCUUAUGGCACACGGCGUCACCUCUAUGACCCUAAGACGGGGAUGGAGAAUCCUCUGGACCAAUCAACAAUCAGCCUGCAGAUGGGCACCAACAAAGGAGCUAGUCAGUCCGGCAUGACGGCCCCCGGCACCAAGCGCCAGAUCUUCGAUAAGAAGCUGGACAUGGAGAUGUGCGACACCUCUAUCGUCUCGCUGCAGAUGGGCACCAAUAAAGUGGCGUCCCAGACCGGCAUGACGGUGUACGGUCUGCCGCGUCAGGUGUAUGACAGCAAGUACUGCUCCAGCCCUAUUGACUACAUCAACAACGGCCAGGACUCAGAGAUGGAUGGAUAUCGGGAUUCCGACUAGGAUGAACAGACAGCUGCCAGCACACUGCUUUUUAAAAGUUCACCUGCACUCUUUUUGAUAUUCCAAAUUCAUGUUGACCAGUAGGAGCAGCUUGAACUGUUUCCUGACAUAACAGCGACCGAUCAAAGCUGAGAACCUUCGUAGAAAACAAGCUUUUCUACUUUUCUUUUUUUACAUACAGGCUUUUCCUGCUUCUCACUUUGUAGUUUUAAUAUGAUUAAUUUUUCAGUUUUAUUUUAUUGUUAUUUUGAGUGUGCAAUUCUCCCAUCUCCUGCAUGGCCAGAUUUUCUCAUAUGAAAAAAUAAUGCAGAUGAUAAAUAUGGAUAUAUUAUUUAUGAUGCCUCAUAGUUACAUAGACACUACUGGUCAAAAGUUUAGAAUCAUUUAGAUUUCUUAAUG